AUGGACGAAGAAGGGCAAGCUGCCCAGCCAAAUGUUGGUUUUAAUCUGUCGUUCAUGGGACAUAUGGAAGAAUAUUCGUCGAAUAAUGACUGGAAGCAGUACGUCGAGCGGCUUGAAAUAUUUUUCGAAGUGAACAAUGUACCUACGGAGAAACAAGCAUCGAGCAUACUUACCUUAAUGGGUAGUAAGAUGUAUGCUUUGCUGAGAUCUAUUACAGCGCCGAGAAGACCGAAAGAACUAACGUAUCAAGAAAUUGUAGAGACGUUGACUCAACAUUUGGAGCCAAAACCGAUCGUUAUUGCCGAGCGAUACAAGUUCCACAAGGCUGAACAAGAACAGUCUGAAUCGAUAAGGGAUUAUCUCGCUAAACUACAGAGACUAGCUGAAACUUGUGAAUUUGGUGGCUAUCGUGAUGAAGCGAUUCGAGACCGAUUUGUGUGUGGAUUAAGAAACCGGGUGAUUCAAAGCAAGCUAUUAGGUGAAGCGGAAUUGACUUUAAAGUUAGCCGUGGAAAAAGCUUGCACAGCGGAAUUAACGGACAGAGAAACCUCAGCCUUGCAUGGAGAAUCGUUGCACCGACUAGAGACCGUAUUUCCCGAGUGUUUUCGUUGUGGCAAGAAGAAUCACGUUCCGGACAAGUGCUUCUUUCGAAAGUCGAAAUGUCAUGGUUGUCAAAAUUAUGGACAUAUCAUUAAGAAAUGUCCCGAGAGAUCUGGCAACAAUAACUGGAAGAAAAUAAGAUCUGGAAAGUCGAAAGGGAAGGAUGACAAGAGGAAAAAAAAGAAACCGAGCGGAAUCCAUAACGUAAAGACAGAUAGCGACGUUGAAAGUGACUGCGAAAGCCAAGAAGAGGUUAUGGAUACAACAUGGCCGGUGUUUAUGUUGACUGAUUCGGGGAGAAAACAAACAGAGCUGAAAGUACUCGUAUCGAUUGAAGGAAAACCAGUAACUAUGGAAGUGGAUACGGGAGCUGCGGUGUCAAUUAUGCCAGAAAGCGUCUGGAGGAAAUUGUCGUCAACAAAACCAGUACGAAAGUCCAACGUUAAAUUGCGAAGUUAUUCCGGGCACGAAAUUCCGGUGUUGGGUGAAAUUGAUGUGGGCGUGGUGUAUGGAAACCAAAAGGCUCAUCUACCUGUUAUAGUGACUAAUAAUGAAGGUCCUGUUCUAUUAGGUCGCAACUGGUUGUCGGUGUUAAAGCUGAAUUGGAGUCAAAUAAAGAAAGUUUCAGUUAAGCGGGUCAACAAUGUGGAGCAACUAACUAGUCAGUAUUCCUCGUUAUUUGAUGAUUCGUUGGGUACGGUCAAAGGAGUGAAGGCACAUUUGAAGAUGAAGCCAAACGCGACGCCCAAAUUUUUCAAACCCAGACCUGUUCCAUUUGCUCUGAAAGACAAAAUCGGCGAGGAACUAAACCGGUUGGAGGAACUAGGGGUGUUGAAAAAGGUCGAGUUUUCCGAGUGGGCAACUCCAAUCGUGCCUGUAUUGAAACCAGAUGGAAGUGUACGGAUAUGUGGGGAUUAUAAAGUCACCAUUAAUCCAUGUCUUGAUGUGCAAGAAUAUCCAAUGCCUACUGCUGAGGAAUUAUUUACAAAACUAAACGGGGGCGAGAAAUUCUCGAAGAUUGAUCUAUCAGCUGCGUACCAACAAGUUCUUUUGGACGACGAGUCAAAGCCAUAG